GCGCCCGUCCAUCCUCGCAGACCGCGCGCGUUCGAGAGCAACGGCGAUAGAAACCAAACCAACACCCAGCAGAACCCACCAGCCAGACCUUCCGGACCCUCAGCGCGGGGAGAUCUGCUCUCCGGUCCCGGUGUGCGCGCGGCGAGGCAGGAGCUCGGCUCGGCGGAGCUUUCUGAGGUUCAGUGUUUGUGUGUUCGGUCCCCGGGGGGUGAAUCGCGAGGCGAGGCUCGGGCUCUUUGUCUGCUGGUCGCUGUUGUUGGAGCGGAGCGAUGGGAGCGCAGUUCUCCAAAGGCGCCGCGAAGGGCGAGACCGCGGCGGCGGAAAAACCCGGAGAGGCGGCGGCCUCGUGCAAACCUAACGGCCAGGAGAAUGGCCACGUGAAGGUGAACGGCGACGCGUCUCCUGCAGCGGCGGAGGGGAAGGAGGAAGUGCAGGCUAACGGCAGCGCGGCGGCGGAGGAGCAGCAGCCCAAAGAGGAGGAGGGCGAGAAGGCUGAGGCCGCAGCGGCUCCGGCUGAGAAGGAGGAAGGAGAGGGAGAGAAGGAGAAGGAGAAAGAGAAGGAAGAGGGAGAAUCUGCCGCUGCUGUGCCGGCUGAGGGCGAGGCUGCCACGCCCUCCACCAGCAACGAGACGCCCAAGAAGAAGAAGAAGCGCUUCUCCUUCAAGAAAUCCUUCAAGCUGAGCGGCUUCUCCUUCAAGAAGACCAAGAAGGAGACGGGAGAGGGAGCCGAGGAGGCUGCGGGUGCUUCGGACGAAGCGAAGGCAGAAGGAGGCGACGCUUCUGGUGAGGAGGCCAAGCCUGCCGAUGAGGAAGCCAAGCCUGAGGCGGACGAGGGCACCGCAGCAACCAGCCCGGAGAAACCCGAGGCCAAGGAAGCAGAGAAACCAGCGGAGGAGCCUAAAGCCGCCAGCCCGGCUGAGGAAGCUCCUAAAGCAGAGGAGAAACCAGCCGAGCCCGCAGCAGAGCCUGCUCCCACCGCCGUCCAGGAGGAGGCGCCAAAGCAAGAAGAAGCAGCUCCUGCCGCACAGGAAACAGAGUCCAGUCCAGCGACGACCGCUGAGCCUGCAGCGGAGUAACACACACGCACACACAUAUACACACACACACACAUACACACACACACAUACACACACACACCUGAGAAAUAAAAAAAUAAAAAAUACAGAAAAAGGGAGGAAAAACAAAGAUGAGAACAUUUCCCUGUUUGUACGCUGGAGUUGGUUCCGGGUCCAGAGGCUUUGGAGAACUUUGUCUACAACCAGGGAUAUUUUAAAGCUUUUACUUUUUAUUUCUUUUUGUUUUUUUCUUUUUCUUUUCUCUUUUAUACACCCCCCCAAAACUCCACCCUCGGGACCCGAGAGAGGUGGAUGGCUAAAAAAAAUAGUUAAACGAAAAAUGAAUCAUCUACAUUUUGCCGUAAUUUUUUUCCGUCAGUAUUAAUUGUUUUGUUGCCUUUUCUUUUUUGCAUUUUUAUACGAAAAAGGGGAAAAAGAGUAAAUUUGUCAAACGUAUGGACAUGCCCAUUGGUAUGAAGGAGGUGGGAGGGGUUUUGGAGGGGAAAUGGGGCGGGGCAAAGGAGGGCACCAUCGUGCCUGGGAUUCGUGCCACAGACUACGCCGCGAAAGAGUAGUCUUAGAGUGACCAACUACUAUUGUACCGCAGUUUACAACACUAAAGUCAUUUCUACACUCGGACGGUUUAUCCAGCUCCCAGCGCUAGUUUUUAGGACGACGUUUUAACGGUAGGAUCUCUGCUCUGCUCUUUAGCUGUCUCAGUCAGUGGUUUGUGUAGGACGCCGGGGCUUCGUCCGGCUCUCUGAGCGUGAAGACGUGUAAGUAUGUAUAGGAGGGGUGUUUUUAACUGUGAUUUAUUGUACAAAUGAAAUCUUGAUCUCAAGAAGCACAUGCAGCUCUUUUACCACCAAGCUCGUUUUUGUAAGAUAAAGAAAUAAACUUAAAAAAAAUCAUCCUGGAAGAUCUUUGAAGUGAUUUUGAACUCAAACCAAGCUGUGACUCUUUCUACUGUGGUUACUGCAGACGAUGCUUUUUAUUUCCUCGGUGGUCUUUGAGAAAAAAAAUAAUAAUAAUUAAGGAAUCUCUCUAUCAGAUGCAAAAUGUCUGUGUAGCAUCCUGUCUUUCCCUUUUUUCCUUUCUUUUGUAAAUACUGGAGAAGCUUUGACCGAUUUGACUUAGAGAUGGAAUGUAACUUUGCUUACGAGAAACUUGCUAUUAAAACUCCUGCUCGAGGUGUUCGGACUUCUGUGAGCACACAAAGCAAAAUAAAUGUGAAUAAAAUUUCAAAACAG